AGAGGCUAAGAGGAAAAAGAGGAGAAGCGAGGUAGGAAACGGAUUUUGCUUGUGCGUACUCCAUCUCUCUUUCAGCACCAAGGACAGAACCUCUGAGCAGCUGACCCAACCGCCGUUCACUUUAGGGUCCCUCCCAAAUCCUCUAGAGAUAAAAGAUGCAUUCGAAAGCAGCUAUAAACAUACACUAAGGUCUAGUAGGAAAGCUGAAAGAGCAGCAGACAAAUUUCACUUCAGAGGCAAAAAUGGGUGAUUUUCUUUCUGUUCAUUUCCGUAGUUUCUGAGUCUUGGGAAAGGCAAAGUUUGCUCUGCUUAGGUAUGUCUGCUGUGUCAGUAAAUGGCUGCAGGAGCUGAAGUGAUAAACUCCACAGUCUCCAGAAAUCAGAAGAAAAUUUCCGGGAAACCCCUUGGGGUCACACUCUUCCCUCUGGGCUAUGGCACCUCUGAGCCAACUGAGUGGCCACCUGAACUAUACCUGCUGGGCGGAGAAUUCCACAGGUGUCAGCUGGGCUCGCCCACAUGCCUACUAUGCCCUCUCCUACUGUGCACUCAUCCUGGCUAUCAUCUUCGGCAACGGCCUGGUGUGCGUGGCUGUGCUGAGGGAGCGAGCCCUGCAGACCACCACCAACUACUUGGUGGUGAGCUUGGCCGUGGCAGACUUGUUGGUGGCCACCUUGGUGAUGCCUUGGGUGGUGUACCUGGAGGUGACAGGCGGAGUCUGGAAUUUCAGCCGUGUUUGCUGUGAUGUUUUUGUCACCCUGGAUGUCAUGAUGUGUACAGCCAGCAUCCUGAACCUCUGUGCCAUCAGCAUAGACAGGUACACCGCAGUGGUCAUGCCGGUUCACUACCAGCAUGGCACGGGACAGAGUUCCUGUCGACGUGUGGCCUUCAUGAUUACGGCCGUCUGGGUGCUGGCCUUUGCUGUGUCCUGCCCUCUCCUGUUUGGCUUCAACACCACAGGGGAUCCCAGCAUCUGCUCCAUCUCCAACCCUGAUUUUGUCAUCUACUCUUCGGUGGUGUCCUUCUACCUGCCCUUUGGAGUGACCGUCCUUGUCUAUGCCAGGAUCUAUGUGGUGCUGAAACAAAGAAGACGGAAACGGAUCCUCACUCGACAAAACAGUCAGUGCAUUAGCGUCAGACCUGGCUUCCCGCAACAACCCCUCUCUCCUGGCCGGACACACCUAGAGCUGAAACGCUACUACAGCAUCUGCCAAGAUACUGCCUUGAGUGGACCAGACUUCCAAGAAAGGGGAGAGUUGAAAAACGAGGAGAGCACGCGGAAUUCCCUGAGUCCCACCAUAGCACCCAAGCUCAGCUUAGAGGUUCGAAAACUCAGCAAUGGCAGAUUAUCAACAUCCCUAAAGCUGGGGCCUCUGCAACCUCGGGGAAUGCCACUUCGGGAGAAGAAGGCAACCCAGAUGGUGGCCAUUGUGCUUGGGGCCUUCAUUGUCUGCUGGUUGCCCUUCUUCCUGACUCACAUUCUCAAUACCCACUGCCAAGCAUGCCACGUGUCUCCAGAGCUUUACAGUGCCACGACGUGGCUGGGCUAUGUGAACAGUGCCCUUAAUCCCGUGAUCUACACCACCUUCAAUGUCGAGUUUCGCAAAGCCUUCCUCAAGAUCCUGUCCUGCUGAAGGAGAAGAGAAGGGAACACUCCCUGUAUUCAUUUCUAGCAGCCAGGCUGUUGGGCCA